AUGCGUGAUGACAUUCUUAAAUUCCUUACCAUGACAUCCCCUGGACCGCACAUAAUUAUUCUAGCGUUAGAAACGAGCUUUGCAACUGAAUUAGAAAGUUAUGAUGCAAUGUUAGAACCUUUCAUCGAAGUUUUCGGUAAAAAUAUAGUUCAUUAUGUUGCACUAGUACUUGAUAAAAAGCAAAAAAGUUCUAUUCCAGACAUGUUUGACAGCUCCCCUAUAUGUGGAAAUCUUGUAAAAAAGGACAGACUUAUUUACUUUGAACAACAAAAGCGAAAUCAACUUGUCUUUGAUAUUUUACAAAUCGUGCGUCAAAUACGUACAGAAACCAUGGAGCCAUAUUUCUCGAAUGAUUUCUAUGCAAAAACAGAAUACGUUUUGAAACAAAAGUGUUUGGAGCAAUUAGAUAGCCAGUUAGAAGAGGUUCGUCGACAAGAACCGGAAAUAGCAUCUUUGAAAGAAAAGUUGAGUAUUUUAGAAGAACGGCAAAAUAUCAUCACAGAUUUGAAUACCAGGGAAUCAGCCAUCAAACAUUUCGACAUCAGCUUACUCAAACAGAUUUUUAACAGAGAAAUAGACAAGGAAACGUCAACAUGUGAAAUUCUUUAA